GCGUUGAGUAGUCAUCACAUUUUUUUUUUUGCGUUUUCCGGUUUGCUUCUCUCUCCGUUCUCAAGGCAAUUCUCAACCAGCCCCCGGCGGCGCCGGUGCCGGAGCCGUGCCUCGCAGCUACCUUCGCCGGAGAGAAAUAACAGCAAAUCCAUAUCGCCUUUUCCAAUUUGCUUCCACAAUAUUAUUCCCUAUUUUCUCAGACAUUAAGUCCGGAAAUCGAGGAAUUCCCAUUUAAGGCCUCAGUUUCCUUAUCCGUUGGGAUUUCACUCCCUAAUUUCGAUUGCGAGCGUAAGGGUAUAGUAGUAGAGAAAUUGAAGAAAAAUGACGAUCGAAUCCAUGCCUGGCAGUUCAGGGUACUUAGACGCCGGCGAUCGGAAAGUUACAUAUUUUAGCAAUCCUUAUGUUCUGGGUUUGACCAUCACUGCCGGUAUUGGGGGUCUCCUUUUUGGCUACGAUACAGGUGUAAUUUCCGGUGCACUUUUGUACAUCAAAGAUGACUUUGUGGAGGUGAAUCAAAGCAGCUUCCUACAGGAAACUAUUGUCAGCAUGGCUCUGGUUGGAGCUAUGAUUGGAGCUGCAGCAGGAGGUUGGAUUAAUGAUGCUUAUGGGCGGAAAAAAGCUACUCUUUCAGCAGAUGUUGUUUUCACGCUGGGAGCCAUUGUUAUGGCUGCUGCUCCAGAUCCAUAUGUACUUAUACUUGGAAGACUUCUGGUUGGUUUGGGGGUUGGUGUGGCAUCUGUCACUGCUCCUGUAUACAUUGCUGAAGCAUCACCAUCUGAAAUUAGGGGAGGUCUUGUGAGCACCAAUGUGCUAAUGAUUACUGGUGGACAGUUUCUUUCCUAUCUUGUCAAUCUUGCUUUCACAGAGGUCCCGGGGACUUGGAGAUGGAUGCUUGGAGUGUCUGGAGUGCCAGCUAUUGUUCAGUUCUGUCUUAUGCUAUUCUUGCCAGAAUCUCCACGGUGGCUCUACAUGAAGAAGGAUAAAUCAGAAGCUGUUGUUGUGCUUUCUAAAAUCUAUGAUCCUUAUCGGUUAGAAGAGGAGAUUGAUCAGUUAGCAACUGCAUUAGAGGAAGAAAGAUUCAGAAAGCAAGCUGUCAGAUACUCGGAUGUUUUCAGAUCAAAAGAGCUUAGACUUGCAUUUUUCGCUGGGGCUGGACUACAGGCAUUUCAACAGUUCACUGGCAUCAAUACCGUGAUGUACUAUAGUCCAACAAUUGUGCAAAUGGCUGGGUUCAGCUCAAACCAGUUAGCGUUACUACUCUCUCUUAUUGUUGCGCUGAUGAAUGCCAUGGGUACAAUUCUGGGAAUCUACCUCAUUGACCAUUAUGGUCGUAGAAAGUUGGCCCUCACAAGUCUAUCUGGCGUGAUUGUUUCCCUCGUUGUUCUUGCUGUAGCCUUCAUCUUGCAGCCUUCUUCUAGCACGGGUACUACUGGGGUCUAUGGAUGGAUUGCAGUUCUAGGUUUGGCUCUUUACAUUGCCUUCUUUGCACCCGGUAUGGGGCCUGUUCCAUGGACCGUGAACUCAGAAAUAUACCCUGAAGCAUACCGGGGAAUGUGUGGUGGAAUGUCUGCCACCGUUAACUGGAUAUCCAAUCUCAUAGUAGCACAGAGUUUUCUCUCGUUAGCCGAAGCAGUGGGCACCGGUGCAACAUUCUUGAUACUUGCAGUUAUAGCCAUAGCCGCAUUUGGAUUUGUGGUGGCUUUUGUACCCGAGACAAAGGGGCUGACGUUUGAGGAAGUCGAGAGGAUCUGGAAGGCGAGGGCUCGGGGCAAUGGCUCUGGCUCUGGCAGAGAAGCUCUUCUGGAAGCUGGAAACCAAUCUUGAGUCUCUUCUUGAUUGAAAUCAGUUUGUAGAUAUAUAGGAUUAAGUGCUCGGUUGAGAGUGCAGUUGUUGCACUGGGGCUUGUAUUUGUUGAGCCCUUUCUAUUGUAUGUGUAUUUGCAAAAUGAUGGAUUGAUCCCACAAGUUGUGGAAGUAAAUAUGAUCUACUUCAGGUCUUGAUUGUUGCCAAUUUCA